AUGAACAACAUCAGGCCUGAACUUCUUGAAGACUUCGGACCUUGGAUGAUGGUGUCUCGACCAACACGAAGACCAAUUCAGAAGAGUAAGAAGGCCGAGCAAGCUUCUUCUGUGAAGACUAGGGGCAACCAGAAAGAGACACAGAGGGAAGGGUCCAGAUUCAGUGUCCUUAACGGAGCGAUGGAGGAAAGGCAGGAAUCGGAAAAGGGACAACAGAAACAUCAACAGAGCAAGGAGAACGUGGUGGAGAAAGUACCAGAGAAUUUGAGUGGGGAAAAUGCUACAAGUAAAAAGGAAAGAUCUACCAAGGAAAAUGAGGAGGACAAGACCAAGAACACAACAGAGAAAACCAUGAAGACCAAAACUCAGGGCAAGAAGGAAAACCAGAAGACUCCGGGGGUUAACCAAAAGCAGAAGACUAAGCCUGCAACUGUUCCCCUGGUGACGAAGCCUAAACCCAAGAUGAAUGAGCAAAGUCAAAGUGCGAGUAGAAGCUCACCAACUGUUAAGGGGGAAAGGGCUAAUGCCAAAGGAAAGGAGAUAAUGGGGAUCAAGAACCAGGGGCACAAACCACACUACCUCAAAGGUACCCCAACCCCUAAGCCUGACCUGGGUGAGGAUACUAUGAUUUGGGGCAUCGAACCUGAUGGGCGAUUUUGUCUCAAAUCCGCGUAUUAUCUGAUUUGGAAACAGAGAAAUGAAGAAGCAAUGGAGGAGAAAGCUUUCAACAAGCAGAGCCUCCUGCACAGGAUUCUUGCUUAUUUUAAAAUUGUUCGACAAUCACAAGUCCUAAACAAUAAGAUUUGCAGUGAGGAGCCCAUUAGGAAGGAGACUCAGAGUCUGGGAUGGACUCCCCCACAGGAGGGAUGGGUGAAGAUCAACACUGACGGGUCUGUGUUUGCAGAAGACAAAGCUGCAGCAGGAGGCCUCAUCAGAGAUCCAUUAGGUCGUUGCCUUGAGGCCUUUGCAAUCAACCUGGGUUCCUGUUCAAUCACGGGAGCAGAAUUAAAAGCAGUGGAAGCGGGGCUCUCUGCAGCAUGGAGAAGGGGAUUCCGGCGUGUUAUCCUCUGCCUGGAUUCUACUACGGCAAUCAACAUCAUUCAAAAUGUGAAGGACUGA